UCACUUAAGAAAAAAUAGAAGAGCCGAAGUGAAGGCGGGUAGAUUGGAAAUUAGAAGGGUCAUCCUUCUCCUAGACAACAAUAAAGUAUUCAGAAAGGAACAGACACAGAGACACUACUUCCCUAGGCCACAUUCCUGGUAUCCGCUCUAUCUCCUCCCAUGGAGGAGCAACGGCGCCAGCUGCUGUCGGCCACUGCACAGCAGCGGAAGGGGCGGAAGGGGCGGAAGAGAAAGUUGGAGGAUGUCGUCACUCCAUCACCAGUGGCUGAAGAGGACGAGGCGUUGGAGGAAGGCGGCGCCGGCGAGAUCUGCUGCCAGAGCUCCUUAGAAACCCUAGCUCUCCAGGUGAGGGACCAGGUAGAGGUCCUAGAAAGAGGCUUUUCAUGGAGGAGAGCCGAUCGGGAAGCCGCUAAAAACGCUACUCAUGCCCUCGCCGACCUUGCAAAGAACGAGGAGCUUGUGAACGUGAUAGUUGAGAACGGAGCUGUGCCUGCACUUGUUCGGCAUCUGCAGGAGCCGACGGCUCUACUGAUGGAUGGCGAUGGCGGGGGAGAGCGUCACUACGAGCAUGACGUGGAGAAAGGGAGUGCAUUUGCUUUGGGCCUUCUGGCCGUUAAGCCAGAGCAUCAGCAACUAAUUGUUGAUGCUGGUGCCUUACCUCUUCUCGUGGGUCUCUUGGGAAGGCAUAGGAGGGGCCUCCAUACACGGGCUGUUAGUAGCCUUAUACGGAGGGCUGCUGAUGCUAUCACAAAUCUUGCUCAUGAAAAUAGCACCAUUAAAACCUCUGUUAGAAUUGAAGGUGGCAUUCCACCUCUAGUUGAACUGCUAGAAUCUGAAGAUCCAAAGGUGCAGAGAGCAGCUGCUGGAGCCUUGCGAACAUUAGCUUUCAAAAAUGAUGAGAACAAGAACCAAAUAGUCGAAUGCAAUGCUCUUCCAACACUUAUUCUUAUGCUUCGUUCUCAUGAUGCUGCUGUUCAUUAUGAAGCGGUUGGAGUUAUUGGGAACCUUGUUCAUUCAUCCCCAAACAUAAAAAAGGAAGUUCUCGCUGCUGGUGCUCUGCAACCUGUUAUUGACCUAUUAAGCUCUUGCUGUACUGAGAGCCAAAGAGAAGCUGCUCUUUUGCUUGGGCAAUUUGCCGCAACAGAUUCAGACUGCAAGGUGCACAUUGUACAGCGUGGUGCAGUCCGUCCUCUCAUUAGUAUGCUUCAGUCGAACGAUGUACAACUUGAAGAGAUGUCUGCUUUUGCACUUGGGAGACUAGCUCAGGACUCACAUAAUCAAGCUGGCAUUGCUCACGAAGGUGGUCUUAUUCCUCUCUUAAAGCUUCUUGAUUCAAAGAAUGGCUCCCUUCAGCAUAAUGCAGCGUUUGCUUUAUAUGGAAUUGCAGAUAAUGAUGACAAUAUCUCUGCUUUUAUGAGCAUUGGGGGUGUCCAGAAGUUGCAGGAGGGUGAAUUCAUUGUGCAGGCAACAAAGGAUUGUGUAGCCAAAACAUUGAAAAGAUUGGAGGAGAAAAUCCAUGAUAGUGUCCUGAAGCAUUUACUUUAUAUGAUGAGAAUUGAAGAGAAGCUUAUUCAAAGACGCAUUGCUUUAGCUUUGGCUCACCUUUGUUCCCCUGAGGACCAACGAACUAUUUUCAUUGACAACAAUGGGCUUGAUGUGCUCCUUGGUUUACUUGGUUCCUCAAAUUCAAAACAACAAGAAGAUGGCUUUGUAGCACUUUUUAAGUUAGCUAACAAAGCCAUGGCUCUCUCACCCAUGGAUGCAGCUCCUCCAUCUCCAACACCACAGGUUUAUCUUGGAGAACGCUUUGUUAACAGUUCAACUAUAUCGGAUGUUACAUUUCUGGUUGAAGGAAAGCGGUUUUAUGCACACAGAAUUGCCUUACUUGCUUCUUCUGACGCUUUCCGAGCAAUGUUUGAUGGUGGGUACCGGGAGAAGGACACGAGAGACAUCGAGAUCCCAAAUAUUAAAUGGGAAGUAUUUGAGUUGAUGAUGAGAUUUAUCUACACAGGAUCUGUUGAAAUAUCGACCGAUGCUGCACAAGAUCUUCUUCGAGCUGCUGAUCAAUAUCUUCUCGAAGGUCUGAAACGUUUGUGCGAGUAUGCCAUUGCGCAGGUUGUGAAUCUUGACAACAUCUAUUCUAUGUAUGAGCUUUCAGAGGCCUAUAAUGCCAUGUCAUUGAGGCAAACAUGCAUUCUUUUUAUUCUGGAGCACUUUGAUAAGACACGCACGAGGCCAUGGCAUUCCGAACUGAUAAUACGCAUUAUCCCUGAGAUGCGGAAUUAUUUUGACAGAAUUCUUCGUCCAAGUUAGAAGAAUUCACAUUUGUAGAUGUUCUUUUGUCACCAGCUACUGCAGUUGGGUGGGUGGUGGUGGUGGGGCGGUGGUGUGGAUGUUCCAGUUUUAUGUUGGAAAUGGGUUGCUUUUUUUGGUAAGUUUGUUCCAAAAUUUUUCUGUGCUUGAUGUAUUUUUUGGGCUCCUUGGAUUACAUUCAUUAGCUAAUAUUCAAAUGUGGCAAUUUUAUUGCGAUAUCCC